GGGUUGAGUUUGUCACGGGGCGCCAGUCGCGCUACGGCCGUCAGGUUGAAGCAUAGUCACGGAGGGAGAGAGAGGUUGUGCUCUGCGGACUUGUGAAGACUUGUGGAGAUGCUGCGUUUACUGAUCUGGGCCACAACCUUGUUGGUGGUCGGGGCUUCCACUCAGACCAGGUGCCCAAGUGUGUGCCCAUUCAUCUUCCGACAAGUAUGUGGCUCCGACGGCAAGUCGUAUGCCAACGACUGCCUGCUCAAUGUUGCCAUUUGCAACAACCCCAACCUGAAGAAGUUGCAUGAUGGCCCCUGUAGUGGCGGGUCAAAACCUCGGUGUCCCACUGUUUGUACCUUGGAGUACAAGCCGGUGUGUGGGACGGACGGCAAGACCUACAGCAACCGGUGCGCCCUUGAGGUCGAAGCCUGCAACAAUCCUCAACUCAAGCUGAGAAUCGCCUACGAAGGCGAAUGUAGGCAUAAAAAUCCGUGUCCUAAGGCUUGUACUCUGCAAUAUGACCCUGUGUGUGGAACAGAUGGCAAGACUUACAGCAACUUGUGUGACCUAGAAGUCGAGGCCUGCAAUAACCCUCAACUGAAUCUGAAAGUAGCACACAAAGGCGAAUGUAGGCCGCAAAAUCAGUGUAACAGCGUUUGUCCUCAGAUCUACCAGCCUGUGUGUGGGACAGACGGCAAGACGUACAGCAACCAGUGUACACUGGACGUCGCGGCCUGCAACAACCCACAACUGCAUCUUAGAACAGCCUACCAAGGCGAAUGUAGGCCGCAAAAUCAGUGUAACAGCGUUUGUCCUCAGAUCUACCAGCCUGUGUGUGGGACAGACGGCAAGACGUACAGCAACCAGUGUACACUGGACGUCGCGGCCUGCAACAACCCACAACUGCAUCUUAGAACAGCCUACCAAGGCGAAUGUAGGACGUCCAAUCAGUGUGGAAGCUUCUGUACACUACAGUACGAUCCUGUGUGUGGGACUGACGGCAAGGACUACAGCAACUCUUGCUUCCUAGGGAUAGCUGCCUGCAGAAACCCUGGCUUGAAUUUGAAGAUCGCCUAUAAAGGCAGAUGUAAUUCUCGGCAGCUAAGUUAAAGAAGACUUGUGGACAAAGAGAAUCUUCACUAAGGAUCUAUAUGGCAGAAAAUCCCUAAAUCUUGCUGUUGGCGGCUUUUCAUGUUUUUCAAAGAGUUGACGCCGUCGAUUGAAGAGGCUACACGGAGGUAUGGCGUCUAUGGUGAACAUUAGUAAUGAACUGAAUUGUGCUUGUAUAUUGUGAUAAUGGAACCCUUCCUAAUAAAGUUGCUAAUAAUG